CCCACGUCCUACAGUACAACAUGCCCAACUGGUCCUUCGACUUCACCGAAAGCAUCCUUAACGUCAACGACAGACGUUUGAAAGUCGAGGAACUGCUGAGCGAAUACGCAAACUCUGAUCUGAACGAGCGCUAUGCAGUAGUUAACGACCUGGAUGUUGAUACCAACAGACCAGGCUUCAUUAGAUUCCGUUACGACCUCUAUCUAGAGGGCCCUAGUGCCAGGGAACGGUCAUUCCUGGAUUAACCUCCUCGUUCUCCUCGUCCUUCUCCUCUUCGCACACCUCCUCCUCCGCCUUCUCCGCCGUCUUCGUCCUCUGGUUUGUCGCCUUCGUUUUCUAAUCUGGCUCUUUCGCCUUCUUCUCUUGCUUAUUAGUCUCCUCCCUCUUCUCCCUCUUCUCCAUCCCCUAGUUACUGGCGUGGAUGAGUAUAAUCCUAUAAAUAAAUGAUGACCAACAGCAUCAUUUGCUUCAGACACUACAUAGCAUAUAUGAUUAUGGUCUGCUGGAAUUUGAUGGGAUACUAUCAAUGCAGAUCAUUUCUGCAGGUGUUCAAGUAAGGUUUGAGAUCUGGAAAAAUAGAUACCAUUCACUGCGGG